AAAAAAAAUGGCCGGUAACGGCGUAACGCUAUCACACGGUUGCCCGAUCUGACCGUCACUGUUCUACCAAGUACCCAAACACAAUUCUUCCUUCUGCUGUCUCUCUUUCUUCGAUUUCUCCCUUCACCUCUGUCUCUUUCUCUCUCUAAAAUUCUUCAGCUUUCUCUCUCUAGAUGAAAUCUCUUCAAUUCGACGGAUCGGAGCUCAAGUGGGAUUGAGUCAUCUGGAAAGCAGGGUCUCUGGAUUGGAAUCCGUUAGGGGGAACUGAAAAUUAGGGUUUGGAUUCUGGUGGCAAAUGGUGGAGGUUGGACUUUGAGGUGGAUCUAGGGUUUGGAAUUUGUGAAAUUGAUAUAAGGAAGAGGAGCGGGGUUCGGUUUCUGAAUUAAGGAGAGGGGAUUGAUGGUACUCGAGGGGGAAAAUGCAAGGCUAUGCAUGGGCGGGCAGGUGAGGAAAGGAAAAGGAGUCGGCACAUGUGGACAGGACCCACGCGUAGCAAUUCGGUCGUAGCUGGUGAUGUUUCCUCUUCUUCUUCGGUUUCUCUGGCUAAUUCAUUUUGCAAGGAUGGACGCAGGAUCUGUGUUGGAGAUUGUGCACUUUUCAAACCGUCUCAAGGUUCCCCACCUUUCAUUGGAAUAAUUCGUUGGGUGACUACUGGUAAAGAGAACGAGUUAAAGUUAGGCGUGAAUUGGCUAUAUCGACCAGCAGAAGUAAAGCUCGGCAAAGGCAUCCUUUUGGAAGCUGCACCAAACGAAAUAUUCUUUUCCUUUCAUAAGGAUGAGAUUCCUGCUGCAUCAUUACUGCAUCCGUGUAAAGUUGCCUUCCUUCGUAAAGGUGUUGAACUUCCAUCAGGAAUUUGCUCAUUUGUGUGCCGGCGAGUUUAUGAUAUUACGAACAAGUGUUUAUGGUGGCUAACCGAUCAAGAUUAUAUUAAUGAACGACAAGAAGAAGUAGAUCAACUAUUGUGUAAAACUCGCAUAGAAAUGCAUGCAACGGUGCCCCAGGGUGGGCGUUCACCAAAACAAAUGAAUGGUCCGACAUCAACUUCACAGUUGAAACCUAGCUUAGAUAGUGUACAAAAUAGUGCCUCAUCCUUUCCUUCUCAAGUUAAGGGCAAGAAAAGGGAACGGGGAGAUCAGGGCUCUGAGCCUGUUAAACGAGAGCGUUCUUCAAAAAUGGAUGAUGGUGAUUUUGGUCAUUGUAGACCAGAAAGCAUUUGGAAAUCUGAGGUUGCAAAAUUUACAGAAAAAGGAGGGCUUGUUGACUCUGAAGGGGUUGAAAAAUUGGUGCAACUCAUGCUGCCUGAGAGGAAUGAGAAAAAGAUAGACUUAUUGGACCGAUCAAUACUGGCUGGUGUUAUAGCAGCCACAGAUAAGUUUGAUUGCCUUAAUCGGUUUGUGCAGCUUAAGGGCUUGCCUGUGUUUGAUGAGUGGCUGCAGGAGGUGCAUAAAGGGAAACUUGGUGAUGGUAGCAGCCACAAGGAUAGUGAUAAAUCUGUUGAGGAAUUUCUCUUAGUUUUACUCCGUGCACUUGACAAACUCCCUGUAAAUCUUCAUGCUUUGCAAAUGUGUAACAUAGGUAAGUCAGUGAACCAUCUGCGUACGCAUAAGAACUUGGAAAUUCAGAAGAAAGCAAGGAGCCUGGUUGACAUGUGGAAGAAACGUGUAGAGGCUGAAAUGGAUGCAAAGUCUGUUUCUAACAAUGCUGUCCCCUGGGCUGCAAGAUCACGUCUUCCAGAAGUUUCACAUGGUGGGAACAGACAUUCUGCUGCAUCUUCUGAGGCGGCAAUGAAGAUUUCAGCUGCACAACUUACAGCUUCAAAAAAUGGUCCAGUCAAGCCUGUACAGGGGGAGACUAUGGGAAAGUCUGCAUCUGUCUCUCCAGGGUCCAUGAAAUCGGUACCAUCUUCUGCAUCAGUGGAUAAUAGCUUAAAAGGACAGGUCUGUAAUAUUGGGGUUAUUGGUGCAUCUGAACUUAUCGUAGCUGUGAGGGAGGAGAAAAGCAGCAGUUCUAGUCAGUCCCACAACAAUAGUCAGUCUUGUUCUAGUGACCAUGUCAAAACUGGGGGGGUUUCUGGAAGGGAGGACGCAAGGAGCUCUACUGCUGUUUCAAUGACUGCAAACAAGGUCAUUGGUGGUUCUUCUUGGCAUCAAAAAUCACUCAAUGGUGUCCAAAGUCCAGGCGUAUCUGGGAUCCAGAGGGAGACUGGGUCGAGUAGGAAUUCUUCCUUGCACAGAAAUCAGGGUGGAGAAAAAUUGUCUGAGUCCAGUUUGACGUGUGAGAAGGUAGUUGAUGUUCCAAUGGCAGAGGGUAAUAAUCACAAAUUGAUUGUUAAAAUCCCUAACAGCGGUCGUAGUCCUGCACAAAGUGCCAAUGGAGGAUCUUUUGAAGACCGUUCAGUCAUGAAUAGUAGAGCUUCUUCUCCACUGCUUUCAGAGAAGCAUGAUCAAUUUGACCGUAACUUGAAGGAAAAGAAUGAUGUUUAUCAAGCUAAUAUUACCCCUGAUGCAAAUAAUGAGUCAUGGCAAAGCAAUGAUUUCAAAGAGGUGCUUACUGGGUCUGAUGAGGGGGAUGGGUCUCCUGCCACUGUUCCUGAUGAAGAUAACUGUAGGAUUGGUGAAGACAGUAGGAAAUUAGCUGAUGUCCCUAAAGCUGCUUCCUCAUCACGUGGAAAUGAACAUAAAUCAGGGAAAUUGCAUGAGGCUUCUUUCAGCUCCAUAAAUGCUUUGAUUGAAAGUUGUGUCAAGUACUCUGAAGUGAAUGCCUCCAUGUCAGUUGUGGAUGAUGUUGGAAUGAACCUGCUUGCUAGCGUGGCUGCUGGGGAGAUGUCCAAAUCAGAUAUGGCUUCCCCAAAUCAUUCUCCACAAAGAAACAUCACUGCUAUUGAGCACUCUUGCACAAGCAGUGAUUCAAGACUAAAGUCAUAUCCAGGUGAUAACAUAGCUCGAGAUUGUACAGAGUCAGUUGAUGGCAUUGAUGAUGAACAUGAGAAGUGGGUUACUGGUACGAUGCGGGCUAAGAGCUCAGAGGAUAAAAUUGUAUCAUUUUCAGAAGAAAAACCAGCAGAGGUGCUUAAUGAACAUUCAAAUUCUUCCAAUAUGGAUGUGCAGCAAAUUGCAGAACCUUCCCUAGAAAACAAUGUGAAAUCAGAAGACACAUUACUAGCCACUUCAGUGGCUCUGCCCUCUGCAAGUACAGUAGACAAGACAUCAAAUAAUGCAGACGGAGAAACAUGGGAGGAAAAGGUAGAUAGCAAUUCAAACCCAGAUGGCAUAUCUGAUACAAAAGAUAAGUUGCAUGGUUGUCUUCAAAGUGAAGAUAAGGUUGAUGUUUCUGCAUUAGAAGGUGGAACUGAACGGGUUGAAGGAUCAUUGCCUUGCCCAUCAAUGGACAUAGAUGAUAAGAACAUGAAAAAUAUGAACAACGAGUUGAACAUUACUAUGCAAGGAGAGCAAAAACCUCCUGCUAUGAUGCGCCUAGAGUUUGCAAAGGGGACUGUUGGGGAUGUGCUGCAUUCUACCGAUUCUGGUAAAGAUAUUGUUAGCGAAAAUGUUUUUGGGGAGGUGAAGACCGAAAAGGCUAAUGAAACGGAUGGCAGGAAUCAGCAUACUGAAAAAGAAAAUAAUGCACAUUGCCAAGCUCAGCACAAGGCACUGCCUGCAUUUUUUCAAGAGCCAGAACAGGAAGCAAGGUGUAGAGGAUCAAAGCUGACUGCCACUGAUGCUGAUGAAGCUGAGGAAAGUACAUCUGGUGCUGCAGAUGCUGCAUCAUUACCUGCUGCAGGGGGGCCAGAUAUUGAAGCCAAAGUGGAAUUUGAUCUAAAUGAAAGUUUCAAUGCUGAUGAUGGGAGAUAUGGGGAACCAAAUAACUUGAGCGCACCUGAAUGUUCUUCUAUUCAACUGAUUAGCCCUUUGCCUUUACCUGUAUCUUCUGGUUCUAGUGGCUUACCUGCUUCAAUUACGGUGGCUUCUGCUGCAAAAAGGCCCUUUGUUCCUCCAGAUGACUUGCUGAAGAAUAGGGGGGAACUUGGUUGGAAGGGAUCAGCAGCCACAAGUGCUUUUCGUCCGGCUGAACCUAGAAAACCCUUGGAGAUGUCAGUAGGUAUGGCUAAUAUCUCAGUCUCUAAUGCAGCUGUGGUCAAGCCCAGUCGUCCACCAUUGGAUUUUGAUUUGAAUGUUCCAGAUGAAAGAAUCCUUGAUGAUUUGGCUUCUCGAGACUCUGCUCGUGGUUCAGAUUCUGUAGCUGACCUUUCAAGUAAUCAUAAUCUGUCACAUGAUGAAAUAAUGGGUUCUGCACCUGUACGUAGCUCUGGGGGGCUUGAUCUUGAUUUGAAUAGAGUGGAGGAGUCCAGUGAUACGGGUAAUCAUUUAACAAGUAAUAGUCAUAGGAUGGAUGUGCAUCUUCAGGCAGUCAAAUCCUCAUCGGUAGCUGUUCUUAAUGGAGAGUCGAGUGUCCACAGGGAUUUUGAUUUGAAUGCUGGGCCGCUUGUGGAUGAGGGGAGUUCCGAACCAUCCCCAUUUGGCCAAUCUACAAGGAAUAAUACACUACCCCAGUCAUCUGUUUCUGGCCUUAGAUUAAACAGCACCGAAAUGGGGAACUUCUCUUCAUGGUUUCCUCAGGGGAAUCCCUACCCAGCUGUUGCCAUUCAGUCUAUGUUACCUGAUAGAGGGGAACAGUCUUUUUCAAUGGUCACCCCUGGUGGGCCUCAACGGAUGUUGGCUCUCCCUACUGGCAGCACACCAUUUAAUCCUGACAUCUACAGGGGGCCGGUGUUAUCAUCUACUCCAGCAGUUCCCUUUCCAGCUUCGCCAUUUCAAUAUUCUGUCAUUCCUUUUGGGACCAAUUUUCAUAUACCAUCAACAACUUUUUCAGGUGUUUCAACAACAUAUGUGGAUUCAUCAUCUGGUGGGAGACUUUGUUUUCCUACAGUGCAAUCUCAAGUAUUAGCACCUUCUGGUGCUGUCCCAUCUCAUUAUCCAAGUCCUUUUGUUGUUAGCCUCCAGGAUAUUAGUAAUAUCAAUGGCUCUGAAAGUAGUAGGAAAUGGGGAAGGCAAGGUCUAGACCUCAAUGCUGGGCCUUUGGGCACAGACUUGGAAGGGAGAGAUGAGACGUCUGCUUUUGCAUCAAGGCAAUUGUCCAUUGCCAGUUCACAGACCAUUGCAGAGGAGCAGUCAAGGAUGUAUCAAGUGCCGGGCAGUGGCAUAUUGAAAAGGAAGGAGCCAGAGGGUGGCUGGGAAGGUUAUAAGCAAUCCUCUUGGCAGUAGAGAUGCGCAAUGGCAAAAUCCAGCAAUCCAUGAAGCCCUGCUCUUGGAUUGAUACUGGCUAACUUCCAGAGGUUGCCAUGGAACUCAUGCUCUUCAAGGAUAGGUGGUAAGUGAGUUGUUUGAUGCCAUUCCAUCAAUCACCCCGCCUUUAUGCCUUAGAGGAAUCUGUCUGGGGUCUGCAAGUUGGUAUGUCCUUGAACUUGUCCUAGGUGGCUGCUGCACUUUCUCCUUUGUAGAUAUGUUAACCGUUGGAAAGCAGCAUGCGUUGUCUGUUGCCCAGACAUUUGGAAUUGGUGCCCAUACUGUACAACAGUGCAUCAACAUGUUAUGCUAUUGGACCCAAAACCUCCUUCCUUUUCCAACGUUUCCAAGAAUGGAGAAUGGGGUAGUGAACUUGUUUAAACAGAAGCCCUUUUGUAUGUGCUUUGAUGUUAAUCUCUUUCCCGUUUCCCCCAUCUUUUAAUCACAUAUAUAUAGUAGCAAAUGGACUUCAUGUAGGAUGCUUCAAAUGACAGGUGAAAUCUGAUCUAGAGUUUAAUUGUAUCUGGAAAAAAUUUAAAGGUUAGUGGCUGUCAACUUAGUAUGGGGCAUUAUGGUUCUUUGUACUUGAAUUUUGAUGAUUCAUGAUCCUCGUCUAUUGUUAGUUUUUGCGAGAUACAUGGGUCAAUACUGCAAGGUUCAUUUGUAUGGGGGUGUUGGAAGUCUGUUGGGCGAGUAAUAAGAAUGGACAUGAGGAGGUUUGUCCUGCAUGUUAAGAUUCUUAACUAA